UAUAAUUUGUUUCAUUCUGUAGGUCUCCAUCAAUCUGACCAUGAGGUCUAAAACUACAGAAUGCCGAUUCUAUAGCAAACUCUAAGGAUCUGUUUCCCAGAUUGUUUCCUUUAGAUGCCUUACUUCAGAAUGUCCAUAAAAUGCUUUUGUGAUCCUGUUGUGAAUGGAACUGAAUUUGAUUUCACUACAUGCAACAUCUCUUCAUUCAACCAUACUGGCAAUGGAAGUGAACCUUGUCAGCCCCAAACAUUGGAAGAUAUCCUGCUCCGACUCCUUGGGCCAAGGAGGUCUCCAUUCUUCCUCCCUGUGACACUAACAUACAUACUUAUCUUUGUUACUGGUGUGGUGGGGAACCUUCUCACCUGCACUGUGAUCAUUAAGCACAGAAAGAUGAGAACACCCACCAACCUGUACCUCUUCAGCUUGGCCAUCUCUGAUUUGCUGGUGCUGCUGUUUGGAAUGCCUCUGGAGAUAUACGACCUGUGGCAGAACUACCCUUUCCCAUUUGGUGAGAGCAUUUGCUGUUUCAAGAUCUUUUUGUUUGAGACAGUUUGCUUUGCAUCUGUGCUCAAUGUCAUGGUUCUAAGCAUUGAACGUUAUGUGGCUGUGGUCCACCCACUCAAGACUCGAUAUGCUAUCACCAACAAACAUGCCCAGAGGGUUAUUGGAGGGGUUUGGGCUGUGUCUCUGAUCUGCGCCAUCCCCAACACAUCUCUCCAUGGCCUACAUUAUUAUUAUCUACCGGAGAAGGUCCUAGAGUCAGCCACCUGCAACCUUCUCAAGCCCCAGUGGAUCUACAAAUUGGUGAUCCAGGUGACCACCAUUUUAUUCUACUUUGUGCCCAUGACAGUGAUCAGUGUGCUGUAUCUAGUGAUAGGGAUACAGCUGGGCAGGGAGCAGAGGCAGAAGGGUAGGAAACUGGGGAAGAAUUGCAGUGAAGACACCAGCUGGAAGAUCCAAGUUGAGAGUGGACGCAAGAGGCAGAUCACCAAAAUGCUAGCUGUCGUGGUGCUGGCCUUUGCUAUCUGCUGGGCUCCAUUCCACAUUGACAGACUAUUGUGGAGUUUCAUCACUAAUUGGACUGACCACAUGUACAACAUCUUCGAAUAUGUGCAUAUCCUCUCCGGAGUGUUGUUUUAUCUCAGCUCUGCCAUCAAUCCUAUAAUCUACAACCUUCUCUCCAGCCGCUUUCGAGAGCAAUUUUUCGAGCUGAUGUGUAGGCGCCCAGAUGUCAACACCUCACAGAACAUCUCUCCACCCUACAGCAAGAGGAUUUCCUUCCCUAAAAGCCACAAGGCUGUCAGAACCAACUCUCAGGGUCACAGCAGCUAUCCAAAUGGCCCCCAACCCGCUGUUAUCCUCGGCACAGGAUGGGAGCAGGAGCUUGAUACUACUUUUAUGUAACACAGUGCAUGGAGUACCAUCCUCAACAUGGAUGU